AUGUCGACGAAUAACCUCGCCUUUACCGCUCCCCUUAACCCAGAUGGGGCUACUCCAGUUCUCAACAAAGACCAAAUCUGGGCCGGCCUACUUCUCAAGAUUGAAUCUGCCGAGUCAUUCGUUCCGAAAGCUAUCGAGUCGACUACUGUGAUCUCAAAGUCUGCAGAUCAAUCUUCAGGAAAUCCGGUGACUGUCCGGGAGGUGAUAUUCCGAGACGACAAGCGCAAAGUUCGAGAAACAGUGACAGCAUAUGAGCCUACGCAAGUGAUUUUCGUCCAGCCCAAUGGAAGUUCAAUCGCAAACAUAGUCAGUGAGGAUGCUGACGGGAAGCUCUACAUGACUUACACCUUUGAAUGGAGACAUCCCGGAGCUUCAAAAGCUGAGCUUGCAACUUUCAUGGAGAGAGAGAAGAGAAUGAGCAAGAUGGCAGUCGAGGGAACCAUUACUGCUUUGAGGGAAAUGGUCAAGAGUGGCAAGCUUUGA